CGGUGAUGCUCGAGCUCUCGCAGCUCUGAGGAUGCAGCGGGGCGGAUGGAGGAGGAGGAGGAGGAGGAGGAGGUGAAAGACUGGAAGGCGGAGAACAGAAUGAACGGGUCGGGAAAGGGGAAGGAUGCGGAUUACGGUAGCCCUCCGGCCAGCCUGCCUACCGACGAUGGUUUUUCGGUCGUUUGACAUGAAGACCCCGCAGGCCCGCGGUUUGCUGAUACACUGAGCACGGAGGGAGAGCCUGUAGUUUAAUUAUUAUUUAAAUGAUCUGUGACACCGAAGGUUGCUUGGCUACAUUGUGAGGGUGAUUUGAUGUUGCAUUAGGCCACAUACUGUUUCGUAGUCUGAAAUAGGUUUCUUCUCAGCCGUUUCAUUUAAUGUCAUUUGACCGGAGAAAAAGAACAGAAAGUGACCCUGUCCCUCUACAUAUUUGUCGCUCAUCAUGGUUUUAUCCGUCAUUUUAGCAUCAUCGCCACCUGAUCUCCUCUCCGGUGCCGCUGCAGACUGAAUGUCAAACUGAACGGAGAGCCCUGAAGUCGAAACCAAACAUACCAAAAAAUUACAACUUCACUCUGCGUCGACAUGGAGUCGUCGACGUUGUUGACAGCUUUGUUUACAUGGACGACUUUGUUUGUGCUCAGCAGCGGUCAGUCCGCGCCGGACGCCUCGGGCCUGCCUCUAGCCAUCCGCGUGCCACUGCGGCAAGGCGCUCGCGCUGAACAGCCAUCGCCGCUGCCACCCGCCGCGGCCGUCAACCGCGAGCGCGGCAGUACGGGGAGGUUAGCUGCGCGCAGGCGGAGAGGAGCGGCGGCAUCGGCGGGAGGUAUCAGCUUCGUGGACAUGAUCGAUAACCUGCGUGGGAAGUCCGGCCAGGGGUACUACGUGGAGAUGGCCGUGGGGUCUCCUCCGCAGAAGCUGAACAUCCUGGUGGAUACAGGAAGCAGUAACUUUGCUGUCGGGGCAGCUGCUCAUCCCUUCCUGCGCAGAUACUACCACCGCUCACUCUCCACCUCGUACCGUGACCUUGGCAGAAGUGUGUAUGUUCCUUACACCCAGGGUCGCUGGGAAGGGGAGCUGGGCACCGACCUUGUCUCUGUGCCACAUGGCCCCAAUGCCACGCUGCGUGCCAACAUUGCUGCAAUCACCCAGUCAGAUCGCUUCUUCAUCAAUGGAUCCAACUGGGAGGGAAUCCUGGGACUGGCUUACGCUGAUAUAGCCCGGCCUGACGAGACAUUGGAGCCUUUCUUUGACUCUCUGGUUCGCCAGACGCCUGUCCCCAACCUCUUCUCUCUCCAGUUGUGUGGAGCCGGCUUUACCCAAAACUACUCCCUGGGCAGUUCUACUGUUGGCGGCAGCAUGAUCAUUGGAGGAGUGGAUCCGUCACUGUAUGUAGGAGAACUUUGGUACACUCCCAUCCGCAGGGAGUGGUACUAUGAGGUCAUUAUCGUUCGCAUUGAGGUAAAUGGGCAGGACCUCAACAUGGACUGUAAGGAGUACAACUAUGAUAAGAGCAUCGUGGACAGUGGAACCACCAACCUUCGACUGCCUAGAAAAGUCUUCCAGGCUGCGGUCAAGGCUAUUGAAGCGGCUUCUUCGACAGAGCAGUUUCCCUCUGGGUUCUGGCUGGGGGAGCAGCUGGUAUGUUGGCAGGCCGGCACGACACCCUGGCACAUCUUCCCAGUCAUCUCCCUCUACCUGAUGAGUGAAAACCGUAACCAGUCGUUUCAAAUCUCCAUCCUGCCACAGCAAUACCUGCGGCCAGUAGAGGAUGUAGCGUCGGCCCAGGAGGACUGCUAUAAGUUUGCCGUGUCGCAGUCGAGCACUGGGACAGUUAUGGGCGCUGUCAUCAUGGAGGGCUUCUAUGUGGUCUUUGACCGAGAGAAGAAACGUAUCGGCUUUGCUGUUAGCACCUGCCACGUUCACGAUGAGUUUCGCACGGCCUCUGUAAAGGGCCCGUUCCAUGGCGUCGAUCUGGAGGACUGCGGCUACAACAUCCCCCAGACAGACGAGUCCACUCUUAUGACCAUCGCCUACAUCAUGGCGGGUAUCUGUGCUCUGUUCAUGCUGCCACUCUGUCUCAUGGUGUGCCAGUGGCGCUUCGCCCGCUGCCUCCACCCACACGGGGACUUUGCUGACGACAUAUCACUCCUUAAGUGAACAAGGAGAAGACAGGGACAAAAGGAGCCAUGAAGACCUACACUUGAAACACUGGACCGAGCUGGAUUGUGGUAAAAGGGAUGUACAAUGUUAUAAAAUGGUGCUGUUGAAAGAGAGUUUUGAGAAAGUUUUUCAGGAAUAUAAUAUAUAAAAAUAUAGGAAACGCAGGCAUACAGUGAACACACAGUGAGCCCAGCUGCUCUCAAAUGAGAGAGGAUAAGAGGAUUACUAGAGCCAUUACUGACAUAAAGGAGGAACAAGAGAAAGUCGGUCUCAUCACAGGCAGAUCUGCCUCUUUCCUGUAAACUACCUAUGCAGAUUAGAUCAGCACAGAGGUGGGAAAAUAAAGUGAAAUAAAAAAAUCUUCCUAUUGUUAUAAACAGUGUAUAAAUAGACCACAGAGAUGCAUCAGAUAUGGAACUUCUGAAGGUCUCUUAACACUGCAGAGCUCCACGUGUGAUUUUGGCUUUGGGGAAAAUUACUGGGCAAAUAUAAUUUACAAACAUGAAGCAACUGGUGACCUGGAUGUGCAUACAAGAUGGGAAUCCAUCAUGGACAUGGUUUGUUAUGGUAUGAUUUGAACAUACCGUAUGAACGUGUGUGCGUUUAUAGAUCUAUUUGUUGCUUACGAGUAAAUGAAACAAGUUUGAUAUGUGUGAGCAUGCCUGUAUGUAUGUGUGCAUAGCUGUAUUGUAAGUGAAGAGUAUACCGGAAGAUUUUAUGAAAAUGAAGAUGACACUUAUGAAAAUGAUAACUACUGAGUAUGAAUAGCGUCUAUGAAAUUACACUAUUUUGCAAACGCCAGCAAAGAAUUCUGCAAUGCAAAUUAGUAAGCAUAAACAGGUUGAUUUGAUGAAAUAACAGCAUUUUACUGUAUGAAAUCGGUUUUGCUUAAUAUGAAACAGAGACUACUGAACAGUCAGUAUCAGAUGUCACUUUUUCUUCUUCUAUUGAUAGCUUAAAUGUAUCUAUUGUACAUAAGAUUUGUGCAUUCCAGAUCUUCUAUUUGCGCAGGCACAUAAAAAAACACACACACACACACACACACACACACACACAAAACACAUUGCUUAUCCUUGCAAACUACUGCUGCACCAUCUGAUGAUUUGCACACGUGACAACACAUUACAUGUUAACAAACCGAGACUUAAUAGGGCUUCUCUCACAGACACAGAAACAGCCUAACUCACUACAUCUUUCUAUGGGGACCAUAUAUGCUUGGACAAGGAAACCAGCCCAAAGUAUGUUACACACUAAAGAACACAAUGUAUGUCUACAAGGGACAGUUUGUAUUGUCUCUGAGCAAGCUGUAAAUAGAAAAACUCAGAACUGUAUAUUUAUCUGUCAGGCGCUGGCAGCACUGUUGAACCAAUAAAGUACUUAUUGUAACUGUAA